UUCAAUGGAGCAUCUUGGGCGGGGUUUUUAUAAGGAAGUUGAUUCAGGAGGUUGUGUGCUAUGUUGUCAAAAACACCGGUCAUGUGAAUGCGAGAUAUACGACCAUCCCAUUUCCAUCGGCUGCAUAACGUGCUAGAUAAAUCGUAGGUUUGAUUAUUACGAUGCUUUGUUUAAGUGUUUUAUCCUUUGCCCUCCUGCUUGCUUUGAUACCAAGCGGUAGCGACGCAUUAAAUCAGGCAGAAUGUGAAGUUUGUGUGAACUUCCUGGGGAGGUUUUAUCAGUCUCUGAAAGACAGAAAUGUGGAAUUCAACAGUGCAGCUAUUGAGAGGGAACUAGUGAAAAUGUGCAAGGAUGCCAAGGGGAAAGAAAACAGGCUGUGUUACUACAUGGGAGCAACUACUGAUGCAGCCACCAAAAUAAUAAAUGAAGUCUCCAAACCUUUGAGCUACCACGUGCCAGUGGAGAAGGUGUGCGAGAAGCUAAAGAAGAAGGACAGUCAGAUCUGUGAGCUUAAAUACGACAAACAAGUGGACUUAAACACUGUGGACUUGAGGAAGCUGAAGGUGAAGGACUUGAAGAAUAUUCUGGAGGAGUGGGGGGAGGUGUGUAAAGGCUGUGCGGAGAAGUCAGACUUCAUCCGCAAGAUCAAUGAGCUCAUGCCCAAGUACACCCCCACUGCAGCCAAAACACACACAGAACUUUGACUUACAUGGAGGAUCUUUGGGGUCGUGGCUGUGGGGGUGUUUUUAGACUUUUGAUGCCUUGUGGACAGCCGUUCUUUACUAAUUGUGUAAACAUUUUAAAUGUGAAGAGAAGAGGGCAUGUGAAGAAACUGGAUAUGUAAAUACUACUUUCAAUCAAAUGUAUCUACAAUGUACAGUAAGACCUGUUGUGUACUGAGGGUGAGACUUAUUUUCUUAUUUUUAAAGAAGAGAUGUACUGGUGAUGUGCCAUAAUAAUUGUAAUAAUAUGGAAAGACUUUUCUGUGACUGUCUUAUAAUGUUUUUCCAGUAAUGUAAUGUGUUGUCUCAGAAUUUGAUGUACCUGGUAAUAUAAAAUGUGUAUAAAAAGUGUGGUCACAUGAAUAAUUUGACCUGCAUAGUUUUACCUACCUAUGCCAUUGAAAGAAAUAUAAUUAAAAACUAAAUAAAUAAUGUAUUUAUAUAAUUCUAUUUAACCUGGUUAUUGGAAAUGCAUAAAAUGUUUGGUUGUUCAAUUCAGAAUUUACUGUUUGGAUGCUGUGUUGUCACAAUUUGGAUAAAUGCAGAUUAUGUUUUAAUUCUGUUGUGUUGAUUAAUGAAGGGUUUCGUUUAUUUGUUUUGAAUUUGAAUUUAAGUAUGUUGAACACAUUAGCACAGAUAUAUUAGACAAAGCUUCUGUUUGAAUCUAAUUGAGGAAUACUGGCAUAUUGUCAUUUUCCUCAGUAAUAUGUGUGGUUGACUAAAAUGUUUGGUACAGUAAAUGUUUUCUGACUGAAAAUCUAAUUUCAUAUACCUAUUUUUUUAGCCUGUGUACAGUACAGAAUUUCAAAAUUAAUUUCUCUUUGGGUGCCGUGAUGUAUGAAUUAAAAAAAUUAGUUCAACACCGAUGUCAAAUUUCCAUGUCCUGUUCAAUUGGAUAAAAUAAAUAUCAUUAAGCCAAGAACAGAUUAGGAAAAACGAACUGUUAAAUUCUAAACGGUAUUGGCUGUAAAAUGCUAAUAUUUAAAUUUCUCUUUGAAAUGUUCUGUGACUGGUUGUUGAAAAUGGUCUGACAGUAAAAUUUGGAAUCUUAGGAAACCAAAAUGCACUUUCAUUACAUUGAAGUGUGUGUUUGAAUUAGGCAUAAAUAUACAAUCUCUGUCCUUAAUUUCUUCUUUGUGAGUACACAAAAAGGUCUAAUAUAAUCAUAGAGAUAUAGCUUACGAAUCCUGAAAUUCACCUUACAUUAAACUAGUGCAGCCUGAUAGCCCAGUUAAUUAUGCUGCAUAUGUUGGUCCAAUCCUUUGUAUAGAAGUGCAGUACAUUUUCCCAGAUGAAGCCAGCAAAGUACUAAAAUGCUCACAGACAUAAAGAAAACCAUUUCAGCAGCUCUUAUUUCAUCGUUUUUUAGACCUUUUCAUAUUUAUUUUGGUCUUGUGACUACCUUGAAAUUUACAUUUUAUAUUUUAAAAAUUGCAGUUGUUUGUUUUCAUUUUAAUUUCAUUAUGGUUUAGCUGUAUUUAUGUUGGUUUCAUCUUGUAUUAUCAUGUCAUGGAUUGAUUCCGUUUUAACAAUUAGUAAUGCUGUACAUAGUUAUUGGCUAUCUUUUUAUUUGUGACCAAUACGUAUGCUGUGAAUGCAACUGUGUUAAAUAAAAUUUUAUCUGUGCCAAGAUUAA